AUGCGCCACAUGUGUGGUAAUUCAGUGUACCUAGCCAUCAUGACCAAACAUUGCCCCAGGACAUGUGGAUCAUGUAAAGAGGUGUGCGGAGACAAAUUGAGAGGGUAAGUUCUAACUUGCCUAUUUUUUAAUUUUUAAUUAUAUUCGUCCUUUAGUUGCGAAUUUCUGAGGGUCCGCGGAUAUUGUACUGGCCAAUUAGCAGGAACACAUCAGAUGAGUACCCGCUGCCCGAAGACUUGCGGUUUAUGUGGCCAGCAAGGAGCAAAUGAACCAUCUGAGACAGGAACAACUACCGCAUCGAAGCAAAAUCCAGAAAGUAAAAGAGGAAAUGCCAAAAAGAAAGCGGAUACAAAAGCUUCCAAUAAGAAAAAAGCCAACGAGAGAAAAUCAAAGAAGAACAAGGUCAGGCAGACAACCAUUCAAACAAACGAAGGAUCUGCGACAACACUGAAGAGCGUAACAAAGAUUACAAUCCCUAUAGCAAACACUGGAACCUUCAUGUCCUCAGCCGCCACUCCUACAGCCGCGUAUAUCUCUUCGGCUACCUCUGUAGAAUCCGGUUCGACUGGCUUGCCCUAUACAGCAAUGAAUAUCCUGUCAGUCAGUGGUUCAACUUCGGCUACUCAAAGUUCUGGCGGUACACAUGAACCAUCAAAUGAUGAAACUUCGGCCACUCAAAAAUUAAAUGAAUCAUCAAGCGGUACGACUUUGGCAACUCAAAAACCUGGCGACACAAAUGAAUUACCAAGCGGUGUAACUUCAGCCACUCAGAGUCUUAACAAGUCAACUGAACCAUCAAGUGGAGCAAAUUCAGCCAGUCAAAGUUCUGGCAACUUAAACGAAUCGUCAAGUGAUGCGACUUCGGCCACCCACGGCACAGGUGUUCCAGAGUCAUCGAAUAAUGCAACUUCGGCUACACAAGACAAUGGCGUUCCAGAGUCACCAAGCGGUGCAACUUCAGCCACUCAAAGUCAUAACAACUCCAUUGAAGCCUCAAGUGAUGCAACUUCGGCCACACAAGCCACAGGUGUAGAGUCAUCAAAUGUUGCAACUUCAGCCACUCAAAGUCUUAACAACUCCAUUGAACCAUCAAGCGGUGCAACAUCGGCCACUCAAAGUCCUGGCAAAUCGUCAAGUGAUGAAACUUCGGCCACCCAUGGCACUGGCGUUCCAGAGCGAUCAAGUGGUGCAACAUCGGCCACACAAGGUACUACCGCCCCAAAAUCAUUAAGCGAUGGAACUUCGGCCCCUCAAAGUCCUGCAGAUGUACAAGAAGCGUCAAAAACUUCAGUUGCGUCCUCAGACUCCACAGCGGCUUCAGACAGCUCGAUUAUCGCGUCUCUCACUUCUAUGAGCGCAUCGGCUGACAAUAGCUUUGCACACUCAACCGUGUCCAACGAUGCAACGUUGGUGUCAUCAAAUACUGAAACAAACGAAACAACAGCAACAGGAAAUGACGCCUUCGCAUCGGUUCUUCCAAGCGUUUCUGGCAACGCCGGCGAAAUGGCUGUACAAAGCUUUGGUUCAACAUCUUCAGGUGGCGAAACUGCGAGCUCAUCAUCUGGCAAUUCCUACGUAAGUGAAUAUUUCUGUACAAAAAAACUGCAAAAAACCGAAACUACCAGUGAACUUACAAUUGAAUUAAUGAAUUUUAGAUAACGGAGGCAACGAUAAGCGGUAACGAACAACCCAAUGGAAGUCAUGGUUCUUCUUCAUCAUCCGCUUCUGUUUCCGCCGCAUCCACCGGGAUUUCUGUAACAUCAGUGACCGCCUCUUCUGAUACCCUCGGAGCUUCUGAACAAACCAGUGAGAUCUCCUCAGGCACCUCAAAAGGCAGUGGAAGACCAUACAGUCAGACUUCUACAGCAUCGAGUGAUUAUAUAUCAAGCGUUGCACCGUCAGAUAAAACUUCUAACCAGGGUGCAAACGACACUGAUAUUUCGUCCGAAAUCUCAACAAAGCCUUCAAAGACCCCGAAUGCUUCUGGCAGAACCGGGACAGGAGCGUUCACGGAUCAAACCAUGAAGGCUGAAAACGAUACGCAGUUCUCAACCACUUCCAACAAAGGAAUUACAGUCUCAUCAAGCGGCCGAACUGAAGCGACAGCCAAAACAAAAGAUUCAGCUUCAGCGGGAACAGCCUCAACUGUUUCGUCUGCAUCUGUAGAUAACGACAGAACGACUACAUUAAAUUCGGAAUUAACGGCUUCCGAAUCUACCGUUUCAACUGAUAUCUCUUCACAGACUGAAAGGUCUGAAACUAACGGCGAGCAAAUUAAUACCCAGAGCAGUGCAACUUCUUUGUCCUCAGCCGCAUCAGAAGAAAGCACAAAAUCUGAUGCCGCUGCCUCCUACAAAACUGAUGUUAAUUCGGAAACCGUGUCUUCUGAAACGUCCGCCACUGAUACACAAACAACCACGGGUUCAUCUAUGAGACCUUCAGAAGAAUCAGGAUCCAGCCAAACCCAUCUUACCUCCUUGAGCCACACACAAAACACUCAAAGAGCAACGACGUUAUCGACCAGAUACGGCCACAAAGGACAAACGUCAGCUCAUACAACAAAGGCUAAAACGACUGCAAAACAUUCCGCAGCUCGAGCGAAAACAACUAAAGCCACCAAGUCCAAGGUUUCUUCGACAGCAAAAACGGCCACUACCAAGAAAAAAGGAUGGUUCUUCAAUCGUAAUUUGUAAUCUUGCUACCAGCAUUUCCGUAAUAUCUCAUCAAACAAAUUGUUCCCGCCGACGCAACCAACAAUAUCUAUAUACAAUACAGGAAGCUUCACAAUUCUAUUUGUUGACAUAAUAAAUUAUUCUUAUACCCCCGGUACAGAAGUUUGGAAGAGGCUCGGUUUUCAUUGCGGCUUGAGAUGGGGGUUUGAUUUCUUUUCUAUAGAUGUAUAUUAGAAGUGCACUGAGCCCAAACGGAAAGAUAGACAUAUUAGAAAGAUCGCUUGAGUAAUAAAAUUUUUUUACAGAAAUAGGUGGGACAAAAGUUGGCAACGGCUUAUGAAAGUGGCGAUAAACUUUGGAGUAUAAUCAGAAGUAUUUUUGGAUAAUGCGUGGAGUCGCAAAAAGCUCGAACGAGCUUUCUCAUUUCCACGGCUAUGCAUACCCAUUUCAGCUCUUACAAUUAAUAAAAAGUGUGUUUCUAAUAGAAGCAAAGAAAAUAUAGUUUGUUUCAAACUAUUGUCCCUGAGUUUACAUAAAUCAGGGACCCGUUUGAAUAUUGAACUUUCAAUCACCUAGAGACUCUACCUACAAAGUCCAAACUAAAAUCGAGGAUUUUAGUUUGUAUAUCUUUUUCAAUACGCAAGACAAGUUCGUACGUAUUCGUUGUAUCAAAAUUCAUACAGUUCUGAAUAAAUAAUAUGGUUGGGCAAAAGAUGGAUAUCGGUUGUCCCAAACCAGUCCAACUAUUGGACUUGAAAGUUCAGUUGAACACUUGUAUUUGAACAUCGGUUGCUACACAAAAUAAAAUGUCUUCCAGUACACGUUCCAACUGCCCUGCUAUAUAAGGAACUGGGUCGUCCCACCUUCACUCAUUCGAAUUGGAAUUCUAAAAAUUCCCAGUAUGAAGCACUAUUGCUUCUUUGUUGUAGUCCUAUUUGGAUGCAUUUCAAGUGUUCAGCCAACUUGUAAGGAUCACGGGAAAAAUUGCAGGCAACUGAAGGCUUAUUGUCACAACUACGCCUUUCAUGCCACAAUGAAGCAACUUUGCGCUGCCAGUUGCGGUUUCUGCGUGAGUGGAUGCGACGACAGAUUCGUUAGGUAAGGAGAGCGCAAGGAUUUUAAAUCUUUUCAGUUGUAAAUCUUGGGUUGGAAAAGGAUAUUGUAAACAUCCGAUCUACAAGGCCGACAUUUAUUGCCGUUACUCUUGUGGAUUCUGUGAAAAGACCGACUCCGACAGUGCCGAAGAUACCUCAAAAAUGAACAAAGCUCCAAUUGCCCGUAAACCAAAAGUAACAAAGAAAGCCGUGGUUACAAAAAAGGCCGUUGUAACCAAGGAAUCCCCGGUUCAAACCAACGUUCCCACCACAACAGAAUCCCUUGAAUCAGAGAGCACCGUUGUUGACGACAGUACACCAACUACUGAAGAACCACCAGUUACCGAACGGAAUGACGAGGGAAUCACAACUCCAAAAGCCGACUCAGCAGAUUUCGAUGACAAAGCACGCAAUCCGGCCCCUGUAUCAGCAAGAGCAAGUACCCUAACUACCGAGAAUCCAUCAGUUACUCAAAGAAACGACAAGGCUGUUAUGGAUAAAAAUGAGAAAAACGAGGAGCAGUUCACCUCCCAUUCCACACAAAACAUCGAUCUUCACCCAACGACCGAAUCCGGUGCAAGCGAGGAAUCCUCGAAGGCCUCAUCGACUAGCGGAAGCCGGAAGUCACCGACCAAGCCUUCUCGUGUUCCUGUUAUCACACAAACUCCAAGAAAUUCUGCAGUCACUGUUACUCCUACCGCCGCUCAGGGCAGUAGCGUAACUCCAACACAUCGUGGAUCGGCAGCUAGUGCGACGCUGAAUGGAAAUACUAAACAGGAAGAUUCAAGCCUGACUCCACCAAUUUCUGCUGGAAGCACGUCCGGUCCUGCCGCUCAGGAAAGUAGCGUAACUCCAAAACAACGUGACUCGGCUAUUACAGCAGCGCUAAAUGGAACUACUAAACAGGAAGAUUCAAGUCUGACUCCAUCAAGUUCAACCGAAGGUGUGACCGCGACUAACUCGGGACUAAAUAAAAAAACUGAGAAACCAAGAACCCCAACAACCCACAGAUCAGCCUCUGGGUCGGCCACACGCGCAUCGCCUGCUCCGAUUUCUGCCAGAAAUCAAUCCUGGGCUGAAGUGGCGGCUAAAACCGGUCCUCCAGCGAAAGGUUCCACAAGAAGGACAUCUACAUUCUCGGCCUCAGCUAAGACUGCGUCUGUAGGUUCGGAAAAGAGGUCUUCUCCAAGGUCGGAAAACGGCGGUUCUCCUACGCCUGACUCCGCCAAGGAUUUAUCACAUGGUCACCAAACCUUUUCCGGAUCAACUCCCUCAGUCAGCCAAGCCAGCAAAGCCAGAGCUACAGGAAACCCGACGAAAACCGGGGAGCCAUAUGGUUCUUCACGUACUCCAGCCACCAGAUCAAACACUGAAGAUCCUAAAGACGCUGAUGCCAAUGAUCGUAAAGAGGAAGAUCGGUCAUCUACAGAAGGUGUCAGCAGAGCCACGUCCGCCCCUACUAGACCUGCCGCAACUGGAAAAGGCGGUUCACGCAGAAGCACGGGAACUGGAACACCUCAAAUGGAAAACGCUGGGACAAGAAGAGGGGCAAACGGUUCCGCAAAGCCAACUGGAGCUACUAAUAGCGUCAAGAUUGCCGACUCAUCUGCAACUCCCGCUAGUACUCGAGCAGAAAGCACAGAAACUCCUUCUGCAAAUAUUGUAACCGCCUCCCAAAAAACGCGAUUAACAGCAACUGAAUCAACAAAAGAAUUCGGAUCAUCAAAAGCUGUCCAAGGUACAGGACAUACAACAAUCGGUGCUGACGAGGAUUCAGCGACACAUCCUGGAAAUUUAAGUCAAGAAACUAGUGAAACUCCAGAAGCCGAUUCGGCAGAUGUCGAUGACAAAACACCCAGUCCAUCCCCAGCAAGAGCAAGUAACCUAACUACCGAGAAACCAUCAGUUACUCAAAAAGACGACGAGGCUGUUACAGACAAAAAUGAAAAAAACGAGGAGCAGUUCACCUCCCAUUUCACACAAAAGAUUGAUCUUCACCCAACGACCGAAUCCGGUGCAAGCGAGGCAUCUUCGAGGGCCUCAUCGACGACUGGAAGCCGGAAGUCGCCAACCAAGCCUUCUUUAAGCCCGACCGCUCUCAAGUCCACAAAACUUGCUAAUACUGGAUCCUCCAAUACUGCUGCUGUUAAUUCAGUAUCUCCUAAAGUUACGCGAGCUCCGGUCGCCAAAAACAACACAAAGGCGGCUUUUCCAGGCUCGCAAAAGUUACAGUCUCCAGCUAUCUCGCAUGCCACCGAAAAGCCAAGAAGUCAGGGAACCAAACACCCUCAACCGCAUGGUUCUAGCAAGGCACCAGUCGCUCAAACCAAAUCUAAUGAUUUGCUCACUCGUGCUACCUCUGCCAAAGCUAUGGCAAAAUCAUCAACUACUAUCCGUGCAAAAGCAGCGACAAGAAAACCAAACGCUUCUCACUCACCAAUGUCAGGUACUGGAGAGACCAAAGCUUCCCCUAUUUUGGACUCCAGUGCAUCGCCUGCUACCGGAAGACGUUCAAGCCGUGGAAAAUCAUCAGCAAACCAACGCUUUACGGCCAUCUUAGCCACCGGAACCACUCCAUUGCACAGUCCGGGAUCUCCGGCAUCUCGAGCGCGGCUCCCAUCUCGUGGGGCCGAGGCCCCAAAUCGGCUUGGCAGAGAUACCAAAUCCCCUGCUUCAAUUGGCAGUACAGGUUCUGUUUCUCGUGUUCCUGUUGUCACACAAACUCCGAGAAAUUCUGCAGGCACUGUUACUCCCACCGCCGCUCAGGAAAGUAGCGUAACUCCAAAACAACGUGACUCGGCCAUUACAGCUGCGCUAAAUGGAACUACUAAACAGGACGAUUCAAGUCUGACUCCAUCAAGCUCAACCGAAGGUGUGACCGCGACUAACUCGGGACUAAAUAAAAGAACUGACAGACCAAGAACCCCAGAAACUCAGAGCUCAGCCUUGGUGCCGGGCACACGCCUAUCCCCUGCUCCCGUUUCCGCCAGAAGCCAAUCCCGGGCUGACGUUGCGGCUAAAACCGGUCCUCCAGCGCAGGCUUCCUCAAACAGGGCGGCAUCGGCCUCAGCUAAGACUCCUUCUACAAGUUCGGCAAAGCGUUCGUCUCCAGAAUCAGAUAACAUCGCUUCUCCUACACCAAACUCCGCCAACGAUUUGUCAUCUGACCGUCCAAUUUUUUCUGGAUCAACUCCUUCAGUAAGCCAAGCCAGUAAAGCCAGAGCUACAGGAAACCCGAAGGUAUCCGGAGAGCCACACGGUUUUUCACGUUCUCCAGCCGCAAGCUCAAACACUGAAGAUCCUAAAGGCAUUGAUGCCAACGAUCGUAAAGAGGGAGAUCGGUCACCUACGGAAGGUGUCAGUAGAGCUACGUCCGGCCCUACUAGACCUGCCGCAACUGGAAAAGGUGGUUUACGGAGAAGCACGGGAACCUCAGGAGCUGCAACUAUUCGAAUGGGAAACGCUGGGACAAGAGAAGCGUCAAACGCCUCCGUCAAGUCGACUGGAGCUACUAACAGCGUCAGGAUUGCCGACUCGUCUGCUACUCCUGCUAGCCCUCAAGCAGAAAGCACAGAAAUCCCUUCUGCAAACACUGUAAACGGCUCCCAAAAAACGCGGUUAAUAGCAGCUGAAUCAACAAAAGAAUUCGGAUCAUCAAAACCUGUCCCGAGUGCAGGACAAACAACAAUAGGUGCUGACGAGGAUUCAGCGACACAUCCCGGAAGUUUAAGUCAAGAAACUAGUGAAACUCCAGAAGCCGAUUCGGCAGAUGUCAAUGACAAAGCUCCCAGUCCAGCGCCAGCAAGAGCAAGUACCCUAAUUACCGAGAAACCAUCAGUUACUCAAAGAAACGAUGAUAAAAAUGAGAAAAACGAGGAGCAGUUCACCUCCCAUUUCACACAAAACAUCGAUCUUCACCCAACGUCCGAACCCGGUGCAAGCGAGGCAUCUUCGAGGGCCUCAUCGACGACUGGAAGCCGGAAGUCGCCAACCAAACCUUCUUUAGCCCCGACCGCUCCCAAGUCCACAAAACUUGCUAACACUGGAUCCUCCAGUACUGCUGCUGUUAAUUCAGCAUCUCCUAAAGUUACGCGAGCUCCGGUCGCCAAAAACAACACAAAGGCGGCUUUUCCAGGCUCGCAAAAGUCACAGUCUCCAGCUAUCUCGCAUGCCACCGAAAAGCCAAGAAGUCAGGGAACCAAACACCCUCAACCGCAUGGUUCUAGCAAGGCACCAGUCGCUCAAACCAAAUCUAAUGAUUUGCUCACUCGUGCUACCUCUGCCAAAGCUAUGGCAAAAUCAUCAACUACUAUCCGUGCAAAAGCAGCGACAAGAAAACCAAACGCUUUUCACUCACCAAUGCCAGGUACUGGAGAGACCAAAGCUUCCCCUAUUUUGGACUCCAGUGCAUCGCCUGCUACCGGAAGACGUUCAAGCCGUGGAAAAUCAUCAGCAAACCAACGCUUUACGGCCAUCUUAGCCACCGGAACCACUCCAUUGCACAGUCCGGGAUCUCCGGCAUCUCGAGCGCGGCUCCCAUCUCGUGGGGCCGAGGCCCCAAAUCGGCUUGGCAGAGAUACCAAAUCCCCUGCUUCAAUUGGCAGUACAGGUUCUGUUUCUCGUGUUCCUGUUGUCACACAAACUCCGAGAAAUUCUGCAGGCACUCUUACUCCCACCGCCGCUCAGGAAAGUAGCGUAACUCCAAAACAACGUGACUCGGCCAUUACAGCUGCGCUAAAUGGAACUACUAAACAGAAAGAUUCAAGUCUGACUCCAUCAAGUUCAACCGAAGGUGUGACCGCGACUAACUCGGGACUAAAUAAACAAACUGGUAGACCAAGAACGCCAAAAACGCAGAGCUCAGCCUCUGUGUCGGGUACACGCGCAUCGCCUGCUCCCGUAAACCAAUCCUGGGCUGAAGUUGCGGCUAAUACCGGUUCUCCGGCGCAGGCUUCUACAAGCAGGACGUCUACUGCAUCCGCCUCAACUAAAACUGCUUUUACAGCUCACAAUUUGGUAAAGAGGUCUUCUAUAAGGUCAGGUAAUAGCUCUUCUCCAGCACCAGUCUCGGCAAAACAUUUAUCAUCUGGUCGCCCAAUCUUUUCCGGGUCAACUCGUUCAGUCAGCCAAGCCAAUAAAGCCAGAGCUACAGGAAACCCGAAGGUAUCCGGAGAGCCACACGGUUUUUCGCGUACUCCAGCCACAAGAUCAGACACUGAAGAUCCUAAAGAUUCCAACGGUCGUAAAGAGGAAGAUCGGUCAUCUACAGAAGGUGUCAGCAGAGCUACGUCCGGCCCUACUAGACCUGCCGCAACUGGAAAAGGCGGUUCACGCAGAAGCACGGGAACUGGGACACCUCUAAUGGAAAACGCUGGGAAAAGAAGAGGGGCAAACGCUUCCGCAAAGCCAACUGGAGCUACUAACAGCGUCAAGAUUGCCUCAGCUAAGACUGCUUAUACAAUUUCGGCAAAGGGUUCUUCUCCAGGAUCGAUUAACAGCGCUUCUCCAGCACCAGUCACCGCAAAGAAUUUAUCAUCCAGUCGCCCGUUAUUUUCCGGAUCAACUCCUUCAGUCAGGCAAGCCAGUAAAGCCAGAGCUACAGGGAACCCCAAGGUAUCCGGAGAGCCACACGGUUUUUCACGUACUCCAGCCGCAAGCUCAAACACUGAAGACCCUAAAGAUGCCAACGGUCGCAAAGGGGAUGACGGAUCCUCAACAAAAGGUGUCAAUAAAGUUACGUUCUACCACAAAAGAAAAACGUCUGCUCACACAACGAGGGCUAAAACGUCUGCAAAACAUUCAACAUCUCGGCCGAAACCGACUAAAACAACCAAGUCCAAGGUUUCUUCGACCGCAAAAACGGCCUCUACCAAGAAACAAGGAUGGUUCUUCAGCAGUUAUUUAUAACCUUGCUUACAGCAAUUCCGUAUUAGUUUGUCAAACAAAUUGUUCCCCGCCGACGCAAGCAACAAAAUCUAGAAUACUGGAAACUUCGAAAUUCUAUUUGUUGACAUAAUAAAUCAUUCCUGCGAAAGAGAUUUCAUUUUAAUACUGAGCUUACAAUUACGCCUACAAAGUGCAAAGCAAAUCGAAGAUUUGGUCAUGUACAUGUUUUUUUAGAAUUCAACAGCAGAAAAUUUUGUAGGGUUCGAAGCCAAUUCUGCUGAAUCGAGUUCAUAGGCUGCAGUUCUGAAUAAAUAUUAUGUUUGGGCCAAGGAUGGAUAUGGGUUGCCCUGAAUCAGUCCAACUUGUUGAAUUGAAAUUUGUGUUGUACACUUGUAUUUGAACACCGGCUCCCUCAACAAAUUGUGUACAUGUACACGUUCCAAUUGCCCUGCUAUAUAAGGAACUGGGUCACCUGAUCUUCACUCAAUCGAACUGGAAUUCUUAAAAUCCCCAAUAUGAAGCACUCUUGCUUCUUUGUUGUAGUCUUAUUUGGAUGCAUUUCAUGCGUUCAGCCAACUUGUAAGGACGUUGGGAUAACUUGCAGCCAACUGUCAGUUUAUUGUGACGUUUACGCCUUCCAAGCCCCGUUGAAAAGACUUUGCGCUGCCACUUGCGGUUUCUGCGUUAGGGGAUGUAACGACAGAUUUGCGAGGUAAGCAAGACGCCGAAAAUUUUAAAUAUUUUGCAGCUGUAAAUCAUGGGCUAGAAAAGGAUACUGUAAUCUGUCCAAAUAUCCGAUAUUCAAGGCCGACAUUUAUUGCCGUUACUCUUGCGGAUUCUGUGAAAAGACCGACUCCGACAGUGCUGAAGACUUCCCCGAACCAACCAAAGCCCCGGUUACCCGCAAAGCAAAAACAACAAAGAAGAACGUUGUCACCAAAAAAUCUCCGGUUACAACCAACGUUCCAACCACAACAGAAGCCCUUGAAUCAGAGAGCACCAUUGUUGAUGACAGUACACUAACCACUGAGGAAGUGCCAGUAACUGAACAAAAUGACAAGGCAGUUACUGAUAGAAGUGAGGAACACGAGGAGCAUUUCACCUACCAUUUCACACAAAACAUCGACCUUCACCCAACAACCGAAUCCGGUGCAAGCGAGGGAUCUUCGAGGGCCUCAUCGACGAGUGGAAGUCGCAAGUCACCAACCAAACCUUCUUUAACCCCGACUGCUCCCAAGUCCACAAAACUUGCUAGCACUGGAUCCUCCAGUAUUGCUGCUGUAAGUUCAGCAUCUCCUAAAGUUACGCAAGCUCCGGUCGCGACCAACAACACAAAGGCGGCUUUUCCAGGCUCGCAAAAGUCACACUCUCCAGCCAUCUCGCAUGCCACCGAAAAGCCAAGAAGUCAGGGAACCAAACGCCCUCAACCGCAUGGCUCCAGUAAGGCACCAGCCGCUGAAACCAGAAAAUAUGACUUGCGAACUCGUGCCACAUCUGCCAAAUCAUCAUCUACUAUCCAUGAAAACGCAGCGACAAGGAAACCAAAUACGGCUUCUCAGUCACCAAAAUCAGAUACUGCAGCGACCAAAGCUUUUUCAAUUUUGGGCUCCAGUGCGUCGCCUGCUUCCGGAAGAAGUUCAUCUAGCUCAUUAGCAAACUUACACUCCAGGUCCAUCUUAGAAACCGGAACUACUCCAUUGAACAGCCCGGCAUCAUCCCGGAAACCGUUACCAUCUCGUGGGACCGGAUCACCAAGUCGGCCUGGAAGAGUUUCCGAAUCCCCUGCUUCACUUGGCAGUAAAGGGUUUGAUUCUUCCCGUCUUCCUGUUGUUACACGAACGCCGAGAAAUUCUGCAGGCACUGUUAGUCCCACCGCCGCUCAAGAAAAUAGCGUAGCUCCAACACAACGUGGAUCGGCAGCUACUGCGACGUUGCAGGGAAAUACUAAACAGGAAGAUUCAAGCCUGACUCCAUCUUCUGCUGGAAGCACGUCUGGUCCUGCCGGACAUACACCGACUAACUUUGGACCCAAUAAACAGACUGGUGGGCCAAGAACCCCAAAAUCUCAGAGCUCAGCCUCUCUGUCUGGCACACGCGCAACGCCUGCUCCGGUUUCUGCUAGAAGCCGAUCCUGGGCUGACGUUGCGGCUAAAACCGGUUCUCCAGCGCAGGCUUCCUCAAGCAGGACGUCUGCAGCAUCGGCCCCGGCUAAUACUUCUUCUACAGCUCAAAUUUCGGCAAAGCGUUCUUCAGCUAAGACUGCCUCCAUAGCUUCGGAAAAAACGUCCUCUCCAGUGCCAGAUAACAGCGGUUCUCCUACGCCAGACUCUGCCAGGGAUUUGCCAUCUGGCCGCCCAUUUUUUUCGGCAUCAACUCCUUCAGUCAACCGAGCCAGUAAAGCCGACCCUACCAGACGUGCCGCAACUGAAGAAGGAGGUUCACGCAGAAGCACGGGAACAUCAGGCACGGCAACUCCUCGGAUGGAAAACGCUGGGACAAGAAGAGGGACGAACGCUUCCGCAAAUCCAACUGGAGCUACUAACAGCGCCAGGAUUGCCUCAGCUAAGACUGCUUAUACCGAUUCGGCAAGGCGUUCUUCUCCAGGAUCGAAUAAGAGCGUUUCUCCAGCACCAGUCUCCGCAAAGACUUUAUCAUCUGGUCGCCCGUUAUUUUCCGGAUCAACCCCUUCAGUAAGCCAAGCCAGCAAAGCCAGAACGACAGGAAACCCUAAAGUAACCGGAGGGUCAUAUGGUUUUUCACGUACUCCAGCCGCAAGCUCAAAUACUGAAGAUCCUAAAGACGCUGAUGCCAAUGAUCGUCAGGAAAAAUACCGGUCAUCUACAGAAGGUGUCAGCAGAGCUACGUCCGGCCCUACCAGACCUGACGCAACUGGAAAAGGUGGUUUACGGAGAAACACGGAAACGUCAGGAACAGCAACUCCUCGAAUGGAAAACGCCGGGACAAGAGAAGCGUCAAACGCCUCCGUAAAGUCGACUGGAGCUACUAACAGCGUCAGGAUUGCCGACUCGUCUGCUACCCCUGCUAGCACUCAAGCAGAAAGCACAGACACUCCUUCUGCAAAGACUGUAACCGGCUCUCAAAAAACGCGGUUAAUAGCAGCUGAAUCAACAAAAGAAUUCGGAUCAUCAAAGGCUGUCCAAGGUACAGGACAAACAACAAUAGGUGCUGACGAGGAUUCAACGACACAUCCUGGGAAUUUAAGUCAAGAAACUAGUGAAACUCCAGAAGCUGACUCGGCAGAUGCCGAUGACAAAGCAUCCAGUCCCGCCUCUGUAUCGGCAAGUUCGUCAUUGCCAAUCGAUGUGAUAGGAACCACCGAGGCGCCGGAUGCAGAUGCCGCUCGUUCUGACUCUGGAAGCGCUGAAACCACCGAUCCAACGGGCUCGACUGAUUCGACCGAAACUACUGCGAGCCCUUCUGUGUCAUCUGAUGAAAACAAUGACAUCGAUGAUCCGUUCUCGCACAGUUAG